AUGACAUUGGAAUGGUUUAUAUUGCCUAUUGAUGCUCAAACAAAAGAUACAAGUACUGGUAUUAUGGUAGUGCCACCAAAAUGGACUUGGUAUAUUUGUAGUUCACUAGAAACGAAUUAUAUAAGCUAUAAUGUAAUAUGGAUAACUACUUCUUCUGGAGCAACUCCAGGAUUUGGAUUUCCGCCACAAGAAGGAAACCAUCCAAAACAAUACAGUACAAAAGGACUUUUAACCUUUGCAGCAAACUAUACAGGGAUACAACAAUUAUUAGAUCCAACAAGAACCCCAGCAGGAUACAUUCAGGAAUUGUCAUGUUUUGAUGAGGGACCGGUAAUGGGAUGUAAAAAGGAAUCAAAUCCACCAUUUGGUACCAAUGCUAUAGUUUGUCUAGCUGUAAUCAAUCCAAAUGAUGAUGAAUUAAAAUUUGCUGGAACAUUCUCCUUUAAACUUGGUACACCACCACCAGUAAUGCCAAAAUAUGAUCCACCUGUUGUUUCCACCAUCGAUGAAACUACUCCAACUGCUGCAGCUCCCCCAACCACCACAAAGCUAUUUCCUUUUCAAGCUGUUCUUCAACAAAACACUUUCAACACUCCAAAAAAUACCACCAACGCAACAUCAAACUAUAUUCGAGAUGGUUUGUACACUCCUCUGCGUCCCACAGGUCUUGCAUGGAAUAAUAGAAGACUUACCAAUGUUUCCAUAGUUCGUUUAAGAAAAGGUGGAAAACGAUUUGAAAUAGCUUGUUAUAAAAAUAAAGUGUUAGAAUGGAGAACUGGAGUUGAAACAGAUUUGGACGAAGUUCUUCAAAUAAACAAUGUAUUUUUAAAUGUAUCGAAAGGUCAAGUAGCAGCAAAAGAUGAUUUAGUAAAAUCAUUUAAAACAGAAGAUUUAAAUAAAAUUGUUGAAGAGAAAGGAGAGCUUCAAGUUAGUGAUAAAGAAAGAUCACAUCAAAUGGAUAAUAUAUACCGGGAAAUUGCUACUAUUGUUGCAGAAAAAUGUGUAAAUCCUGAUACUAAAAGACCAUACACAGUCACUAUGAUUGAAAAAUCAAUGGGAGAAUUGCAUCUUUCAGUAAACGUCAAUAGAAGUACAAAACAACAGGCAUUGGAAGUAAUUAAACAACUGCAAGAAAAAAAAAUAAUUCCUAUUGCACGUGCACAAAUGAAAUUAAGAAUCACGAUUCCAAAUAAUAAAGAGGCAAAGAAAAUAAAAGAAAGAUUGACUGAACUAAUCUCACAAAUAGAAGACGAAAAUUGGUCAGAUGAAUGUGAAUUGAUAUGUACGAUUGAUCCAGGACAUUAUAGAGAAAUCAAAGAAAUGUUACAAUCAGAUACAAAAGGAAAAGGUCAAUUAGAACUAUUAUCUCUUAAUGACGCAAGUGAAGGAGAUAUGAAACUUUAA